AUGUCUAAAGUAUAUGCCAAUUCACAUAUAUAUUGUCUGUGUUCCCUGCGACAAGCUACGUACACCGAAGUAAUCGAGAAUCUGAAGAGAUGCCACUCCAUCCAUGACCUAUCUUUUUGCCCUUCAUGCCAGGUGCCCAAAUGCAAGUAUUGUAUCCAGUCGCAGAUGACGAAGAAAUUCUGUGCCAAUUGUAUGAGAGAUUAUUCCAAUACAGACGCCAUCCACUGCCUGAACUGUUCCACGUGUCCGUUAUGUGCAAGCAUGUUGACGGUUCUGUUGUCCGAUCGAGAAGUCAAUGGUGUUGUGGGUAAAGAAUUCAAUUUCGUGUGUACAGGCUGUGAUUUCGUCUAUGGAACUGAUGUCAUUACCAAACCCAAGUCAAUAUUCGAUAUUGUAAAGUCCGAGUACCAUGAGUCCAAUGAACUAAGCCUGCUCUUUCUGACGUCAAUAGAGCUCUAUAAGAACCGGGCUAAGUUGGAGAUUUUAAAUGCACAGUUGGUGAAAGACAUUAAGAAGGGCCACAAGUAUAAAGGUGCUUCUAUUGAUCUUAUUAAGAAGUUGGAACAGAUGGACUUGACAGUUCCUGAACAAAACGACUUCAGCCAGUUGGAUAAGUUGCAAUUAUUGUUAAGUUCGAUCAAACCUGAACCAAUUGACGAAUAUGAGGAUGUUGCACAGAUAGAUAACCAACGUAUCAUCAAGAAUCAGCAAAUGCACUCGAAUGUAUCACUUUUCAGCACAUACAUGAACAAUAAUAUCGUCCGGCCACCAGCCAGUAUGUUUCCUAAUCCGAUGUGUUUAACUUCACGUAACGCACAAAGGUGUUGCGAUUGCAGCCAUAAUCUUUUGGUUCCUUCUGACGAUUUACUAUCCACCAAGUUUGAGGAAAAAUGGAAUGCCAAUGACUACUUGCCUAUAUUGGGUGUAUCUCCCAUUAUCAACAAAGAAUUUCAGGAAAAUCUUGUAUCGGGAAAAUCAUAUACGUUUUUAGUGAACAUUAUCAAUCCACUUCCCUUCCUGGUCGAUAUCAACCUUUCAGUUCCCCAUGAGUACCAGCUGGAUCUGGCUUCAAUUAACGCAACGAUUCCUGUUUCUGAUAUCAAGAUUGGUGGCCUCCACCCGAAAGACCACAUAAUAAGAGGCAUUCCCACCCCUUAUUUGACCAGAGAAACGAAGUUAAGUAGAGCAGAACUAGUGAUGCGGUUAGGUAAGUUGAACUCCAACCGAAAUGCUGAUACUUCUCUAGAUGUAACAGACUCGUUAGUGGAUCGAAAUGACAAUUGGUGCCUGAUCCCACUAGAAGUAUCUAUAGGUAGCAAACCUACUAUGUUGGGAGCACUCAAAAUACCAAUAUUCCUUACACUCCAAUCAAGACUUCCGGAAAUUAUCAAAGAGAAAGGUUUGUCCAAGAAAACACUUAGUUGUGGUGUUUGGUACGUUGUCAAUUUAGGGGAAUUCCCUAUUGUAUCAUCGUAG